AUGGCUACCUCCAGAAAUUUAGCUACAGUGUUAUUUAUGUUCAUGGCUCUCAAUAUUUUUGUAAAAAGCAUGAGCAAUCCAAUCGAAGUUGAAUAUGGUGCAGGUGCUUGGUCCAAUGCACAUGCAACUUUCUAUGGCGACAUGAAAGGCGUAGGAACCAUGCAGGGAGCUUGUGGUUAUGGCGAUCUAUUCAAACAAGGGUAUGGACUUGAAACAACGGCUUUAAGCUAUGCACUAUUCAACAAUGGAGCAACUUGUGGUGCUUGUUAUGAGAUCAAGUGUGUGAAUGAUCCGCAAUGGUGUUACCCUCAAGCCGGUUCGAUCACCGUCACGGCGACCAACUCAUGUCCUCCCAGCGCCACCCCUCCGCAGUGGUGCAAUCCCCCGAACCAGCAUUUCGACUUGUCCAUGCCGAUGUUUGUAAAACUAGCAAACUACAAAGCCGGAAUUAUCCCCGUCCAGUACCGGCGAGUGGCUUGUGUGAAGAAAGGUGGGAUUGAGUAUGAGCUUUCUGGGAACCCUUAUAACAUAGAGGUGUUGGUUUUCAAUGUGGGUGGCGCUGGUGAUGUGAAGAGUGUUAGUAUUAAGGGAUCGAGCGGUGGCUGGAGUUCAAUGAACCGUGAUUGGGGUCAAAGGUGGGUGACUAAGAAUCAACUGGUUGGGCAGAGUUUGUCAUUUCAAGUGACUACUAGUGAUGGUAAAAUGGUGACAGAGUAUAAUGUUGUGCCUGCUGGUUGGCAAUUUGGCCAAACAUAUCAAGGCAAAAUUAAUUUCUAG